UGCAGUGCAGUCAACCCGCAAACUAUCAGUAACUGUGUACGUCCGACAUGUCUCCCGAUACCUCAAAAAUGCGCGCUGUCGCUGUCACAAAGUACGGCGAAGUCAAUAACCUCCAGAGCAUCGAAGUACCGAAACCCUCGAAUCCUGAAGGCUACGACAUCCUAGUUCGCAUCAAAGCAUGCUCGGUGAACCCAGUCGAUACGAAGGUCCGAGCAGGUGUGUACGACGAUUACCCUGACUACUACGAUCGAGCGCCCAAGCCCCCUCAGAUCCUUGGGUUCGAUGCGGCCGGUGUGGUCGAGAGCGCUGGUCCAGACGUCAAGAAAUUCAAGGCUGGCGACGAGGUCUUCUACGCCGGUUCGCCCAUCCGUCACGGUAGCAAUGCUGAGUUUCAGCUUGUUGACUCGCGGAGUGUGUCGUUCAAACCGAAGAGCUUGGAUUGGGGCCAAGCUGCCAGCAUGCCGUUGACGUGGAUCACAGCAUGGGAGGCGCUGGUGGAGCGUAUGGAGAUCCAAGAAGGCGAGGAGGCAGGCAUCCUCAUUGUCAAUGGGGCUGGAGGCGUAGGCAGCGUAGCAAGCCAGAUUGCCCGUUGCGUGCUGAAGCUUCCUGUUGUGGUGACCACAGCUUCGAGAGAAGAGACUGUCAAGUUCUCGAAAGACGUUGGAGGUGCCACACAUACCGUCAACCAUCGCGAAGACCUAGUAAAGCAAGUCAAGGAGUUAGAGCUAGACGUCCCGAUUAAGUACGUGUUCAUCACGCAUACUCCAACUUCAGGCUAUCUCGCGCCUGCCGCCAAGAUCCUGGCACCUUUUGGGAAAGUCUGCUCGAUUGUUCAAGACCAAGAGAUGCCAAUGUACGGGACAGAGUUCAUGGCGAAGAGUUUGACCUUCGUAUGGGCGCUGCUGGGCACUAAGCCGUACCAUGGCGUGCAUCCGGAGAGCCAUGGCAAGAUCUUGGAGAGGUUGAAGGAGCUGUUGGACAACAACGAAGUGAAGUGUCACAACACUCGGAAGCUGAAGAUCGACGAAGAUGGUGUGAGGAAGGCGCAUGAGAUCAUCGAGGGUGGUAAAGCCAUUGGCAAGGUGUCGCUGGAAUUUUGAUCUGACUCGAUGAACUCUUGGGGAGUGAAGACCUCGAGGAGAUUAGUGGUGGAAUCCCUGUCGCAGCGGCUGAAGCGUUUUGUGAGCUGUUGUCCAUGGUACAAGCUGCACUGGUAAGCAAUCGGAGAUCUCGGCAUGUCGUGUACCGGUGGAGGAAACAUUGCAACGGCUGUCAUACCAGAGGCUGCUAUUCCAUCUGUCCGUUGAGUGGUGGCAGUACAGGCGCAGGCAGUGGGCUCACCUUGGAGCAUGUAAGUAGCAAGAAACAGGUACAAGAGUA